GACUCCCCCCCUUCCUCUCUCAAUCUCUCUCUCUAUCAAAACUUGAAGACGAACAAAAUCGACUGAUUAUCAGAAGAAAAAGAAGAGUUCUUAAAGAAGAAUCAAUGGCUAUAAACGAUUGUUCUUUGGUGAUAGAUGAGAUUUACGAAUUUUCAGCGCCUAAAUUCUUCGAUUUCAAUAAUGGCGAGUCUGAAGCAGAUGUGCGUUUAGCAGAGAUGUGGUUUGAGACUGCUUUAAGCUAUGCUCCUUCACCUUUUAUGCCAAGAAUUAAAACUGGUCGAUCUGAAUCGAUUCAAGUCAGUCUUUGUGAUUUCAGUAACGCGGAGGAUCUCACCAAGGUUGCUGGAAAAUCAGAUCAUACGAAUGGAUCAACUCUGAAAGAAGAAACGAAAGUGGUUCUUAAAGAGGAAGAUUCUACCAGGGUUCAGUCUAAACCUGCAGCCACGGAACCAAGCAAAGAGGAAGAAGACCAUACUACAAAAGAAGAGAUUAGGGUUAGUUCCAUGAAAGAAAGUAUUUCAUCUGGGAAAGGAAGUGAAUAUACUUACACUACUGCUUCGACUAGUAGCUUACAAGGAACAGAUGCUUGUACACCUAAGCCACAGUCAAUUUCUAAGAAACAGGAUUCACUUCCUACAGUUUCAAAGAAUCAGCAAGCAGCUAAAAGGAUAGCAAGUUUGGUCCGAAACCCCUCCGCUCUAAGGCCGAAAAAUAAGUCCCAGUCAUCCCAGGCUAAAGGAGUAAAACCAACAGAAUCCCAGGUUAAAGGACUGAAGCCAAUAAGUGCAAGUGGUAAGACCUUGAGGAGCACAACCAUAGCUUCAGAAUUUGUACAAGAAAACCAGGCAAUCAAGCGACAGAAGCUUGACGAGGGUAGAUCUAGACAGAUUUUAAACGUUGUUCCCCAGAACUUACCUCACAAAUCAAAGCCGGGUUCAGGCAGUAGCCGAAGCAGUUUAUUUUCCUCGGUCACCACCAAAACAACACGCAAAGAGGAUAGAAAGGUCUAUGUUAGGGAACCAUCAGCUCCUUUCGUUUCAACAGCAGAGUUAGUUAAGAGAUUCCAAUCCAACACAAGGGAUACGGGGCCGCAUUUCAAGAAUAGUUCUGUGUCACAUGAUGAUGCAGCUUCACUUCUUCAGAAGAAGCCUAAACUCACUCUGACCAGGCCCAUGGGACCUGACUUCGAAACAGCUAAUCGCGUUCGCUCUUACAAAGUGAAAAACUCGGCCGAGCUUGAGGAAGAGAUGAUGGCGAAAAUCCCAAAAUUCAAGGCCCGACCGGUAAACAAGAAGAUCCUGGAAGCUCCUACUUUACCAGCGUUACCAAGAAGUACCCCUCAUCUACCAGAGUUUCAGGAGUUUCAUUUGAAAACAUCGGAGAGGGCUAAUCAACAUGUUGAAACUUCAACAGUUGUAUCAUCAACUGAAUCUUCACAUCAGCAGAACCAGUGGAACCCCCACAAGCUUACAGAACCGCGGACUCCUCGUCUCGAAACAACGUUACGUGCGCGCCCACCUAAAGUCAAGACUUCUCAAGAAUUAGAGCAAGAGGAGUUGGAAAAGAUUCCAAAAUUCAAGGCUAGGCCACUGAAUAAAAAGAUAUUUGAGAGCAAAGGUGGCUUGGGUAUUUACUGUAACUCAAAACGUCAGGUGACGAAGCCUCAAGAGUUCCACUUUGCAACCGAUGAAAGGAUUCCUCCUGCAAAAACAGUUUUUGAGUUGUUUGACAAGCUUUCAUUGAACUCAGAAGACCAUCGCAAUGAGCAGCCACUUCCAAGGCUCACAACACCAAACCCAUUUCAUCUCCACACAGAGGAGCGUGGAGCAGAAAAGGAGAAAAAGUUUGUGGUUGAAAUUUUGCAGAAGCAGUAUGAAGAAGAUAGAGCCAGGAUUCCCAAGGCUACUCCAUACCCAUAUACCACAGACUACCCAGUGAUUCCACCAAAACCCGAACCAAAACAUUGUACCAAACCUGAGCCUUUCCAAUUGGAAAGUCUAACUAGACAUGAAGAGGAACUGCAGAGAGAAAUGGAACAGAGGAGGAGAAUGGAGGCAGAAGAAGCACAAAUGAGGAUCUUUAAGGCGCAACCAAUCCUGAAAGAGGAUCCCAUUCCAGUUCCUGAGAAGGAAAGGAAGCCUCUAACUCAAGUUCAAGAGUUUCAACUCCAUGUCGAUCACCGUGCUGUCAAUAGAGCUGAAUUUGACAAAAAGAUCAAGGAGAAAGAAACUGAAUAUAAGAGAUACCGAGAAGAGUCUGAAUCUGCUAAAGUGAUGGAAGAAGAAAAGGCUCUGAAACAGAUGAGAAGAACAAUGGUUCCUCAUGCAAGACCACUUCCUAAGUUCGAUAAUCCCUUCCUCCCACAGAAGUCGUCUAAAGAAACUACAAAAGCAAAAUCUCCCAACCUGAGAGUGGUUCAUAGAAUUAAAGAAAAGAGGAGAACAGUUGCUACUGCCACCAGUGCUGCUGCUUCUAACAUGAGAUGAUUACUUUUCUUCCUGUUUUUGUAUAAUUUGUUCAAGUAAUCUUGAACCCUUUCUCAUGUAAUUGUUUCUUCUGUAUGGAAUGAAGUGUGUGUUUAAAAUUUGUAUUCUUUCAUUCUUGAGUAUGUAAGUAAGAGAUAUAAAAGAAAGGAAAGGGAAACCUUGCUGGAGUAAAAUUCCUGUCUGUAUUUGAAGAAGAUACAUAAAGUUGAGCGGAAUAAACUGGAGCAUAUUUUUGUUCUGGG